AUGAAGCACCUCAUCACUUACACCCUUGCGGCUACGCUCGCCGCCGGUGCCACCGCCCAGCAUCACCAGCACCAGCACAUGCACGCCCGCCGCCACGCUGGCUCCAAGGUCGAGAAGCGUGAUCCUGAUGUUAUCACCGAGUACGUUGUCGCAGCCACUGAGACCGUCUAUGAGCUCGGUGGAGAGGAGAUCGACAUCAAGGCCGCCAAGGCUGGUCUCGAUGGUGGUAGCCUCGUCAUUGUUGGCGAGUCUAACCCUACCUACGAUGCACCCGCAGCUCCUGCCACCAGUGCUGCUCAGCCCGCCAAAGUUUCUCAGCCCAAGAAGGAGGUGGGCGCUCAAUUCUACGAGUCUAAGACUGCUGCAGCUACUACUGCUGUCUACUCGGCCCCAGCCGCCACUGAAUCCAAGGCCUCCAAGCCUAAGUCUUCCAAGCCCAAGACCAGUGGCUCCAGCUCCGGCUCCGGCUCCAGCUACAGUGGCUCCAGCGGCGCCACCGGUGUUGACAAGAAGUUUGUGAGCGGUACUGUCGACUGCAGCGAGUUCCCCUCAGAUUAUGGUGCUGUUGCCCUCGACUGGCUGAACCUUGGCGGCUGGUCUGGUAUUCAGUACUGCCCUGACUACAGCUCCGUGUCCAAGCUAAUCUACCAGAUUGACACUGCCAUCUCUGGCGACGGUUGCAAGUCCGGUGCUAUGUGCUCCUACGCUUGCCCCGUUGGCUACCAGAAGACCCAGUGGCCCUCUGCUCAAGGUUCCGAGCGCGAGUCUAUUGGUGGACUCUACUGCAACAAGGAUGGCAAGCUCGAACUGACCCGCGACGGUUACGACACUCUUUGCGAACCCGGUGUCGGUGGUGUCACUAUUCAAAAUGACCUCGACGAGCAGGUUGCGACUUGCCGAACUGACUACCCCGGAACUGAGAACAUGGUUAUCCCUGCUGUCGCUGAGCCUGGUAGCAGCGUCGCUGUCUGCAACCCCAACCAGGACAAGUACUAUGUCUGGGACGGUGUAGGCACCUCAGCCCAAUACUACGUCAACAAGAAGGGCUACACUGUCGAGGAGGCUUGUGUUUGGGACAGCUCCACGGGCAAGGAUGCCGGUAACUGGGCACCUGUGGUUCUCGGCGUUGGCAUGAAGAACGGCCUGACCUUUGUCUCCAUUUUCCAGAACUCACCAACCAGCACUGCCCUCCUUGAUUUCAACAUUGAGAUCAAGGGCGGCAAUAAGAAAUGCUCCUACGUCAAUGGCCAGUGGAGUGAGGGAACUGGCUGCACCACUGCUGCUGCCGAGGGCCAAAAGAUCACUGUCCGAUACUAUUAA